AUGACUACAACACCCCAAGAAUUUCUCCAGUUUGCGAAAGAUAUGGGUUUAGAUUAUCAAAAAUCUCUUCUGCAGACAUCAUCAUCAUCGGUCUCGAAUGACGGUUAUUCAUUGACUGGUCUCUCAGUGCUCAACAAUCUAUGCCAUCUGAUCGAGCAGAUUCACAGUUUGAAAGCUGAAAAUAACCAUUUGCGUGCUCACUUGGAUUUAGUUAAUCAUGUCGAAAAAUUCUUGUACAAGAACGGAGGUGAUUCCAAACUUAAUCAUCAAAACAACAAAAAAUAUCUUCAUUCAGCGAUACCGAUACACCAUGGUGAUGGAAUCGGUGAUGAAGAGAAAAGUUUUACACUAUCACCUUCCAAUUCAUUAAAAAUUAAAAAACGUGGCUCGCCAACAUUGUCGAUCAGCAGCCGAGAGCGACAAGGAACGGACUUUCUCAAUACUCAUGAAGAUUCACCAUCAUUGACACAUGUUGAUCACGAUCAACCUGAAGCCACCGAGACGACACCGAAUUGGAAUAAUUGGAAUAAACUUCGUCAUGCGUUAAGUUUCUCUCGUCGCCGAAAACACCGUUCACCUAUGAGUCCUAUUCUGCCGCACACAGAACGAACGAUUCCUGCGAUAAGUAUAUCAUUUGAAAGUGACGAUGAUCGUUUAAAUGAUCCUAAGCAUCGACGGAAGAAAACUCAGCCGAUUCGAACAGCGAACAAUAAUCGACGAGAGCUCAAUAACGAUGAUUCGGAAGAUGAGGAAUUGGUCGAAUUUCGACGACAAGGAAUCUCUCCUGCAUCGACCUCCUCCUAUCUACCUAUCAGUUCAACAAUGAUGGAUGAUGAUAACUCCUUCUCACGCAAACCAUCGAAAAUAGCUCAUUAUCGUCAUAAAUUAUAUUCAAAACUUCAUACAGUUAAAAAACAAUUCAGCGAUCAAAACUCCAUGUUACGUCCAUUGACGAGUGCACAUAGUUCGACGUUCGAUGAUAUCGGUUCGGGACUGAAUCAUGCUUUGCUAUCAAGUCAAUUAGCAUCAGCAAUGACGAAAUCCUAUCAACAGAAAAUGCGUGAAUGGCAGAGUUUACAGAAGAGUAACUUUUUAGUCAAUUAUCGUCGACAAUCUAUUAUCAAUAAAAACGAUAUCAAUAAUUUUUCACGAAAGCCAUCGGUUGCCUCUCUUGUCAACGAUCCGCAUGUACCCGCCAUUGAGAUAUCAAAUGCCGAAAUGGAAAACAAUGUCGUGCCACUUAGUCCCAUACUGUCGCCCAAUCAACGCUCUUUGAUUCUUCACCAGUGGCGUGAAAUCAUGUGUGAAGAAAUUUGUUUACGAGAAUACCACGAAUAUCUAGAACGAAAAAUGCAAGAAUUAAAGGAACUUGAAGAGAACUUAAAAAGUUUGAAAACCAAUAUUUUCUGUACAACUAAGCAAAAGCUGACCCUCAAACAUCGCUCAAUGUCAAGUAUUGAACAGCUCGAUCAAGAUAUUUUAGAUCAAAAUCGACGAACCGAUUUGCCACAACGUUGUCGAUCGUUGCAGUCGCUAGUAACAGUACCAGCCUCAUGGAUCUUAGCAGUACAGAGCGCAGCCUAUUCGGAUAUCCUGGAUGGAACGUCGAAGAGAACUACCGAACGAGCGAUAAUAUUCAAUAAGAAUUUCUUCAACCAAUUAAAGCAUUUCAAGGAUGAACGACAGCAUUUCCAGCAAGAUACAUUGAAAAAGUUUCAAGAAUUAAGACAUUCGAAAACAAACAGUUCACCUGAUGAACACUCGAAAUCGAAUCGAGCACGUACAAAAGUGAUACUUACUCGCGCAUGUCUACGCAAAUUCUCCUAUACAUCAACGAAUGAAUUUCCUCAAUCAUUUCUCUCAAAUCCAAUGAUUCCAUUACAAACAACGAUCUCAAAAUUGGAAACAUCGUCGUUCAUCGAUCUUCUUUCCUCGCCGACGAAUCAUGAACAAGACGCCAAUUUUUCCUCAACAACGACGUUGAACAAACGAUCGAAACGCGCACGUUUUGACUUCAAGAGAACCUUGCAGCGAAGUAAAAGUAUGUGUAUGACGCAAUUCAAUUCUUGGUUUCAACGUCGUCGACAACAGCAUCUAUCCGAGUCUCGAAGGAAAUCUGCUGUUGAUCCAAAAACGAACAAAGACUCCAAAAUAUCUCCGUGUUCAACACCAAAAUUCCUGGGUUCGCCGCGAUUAGCCCGUAUUCAUCAACGUAUUUUCAAACAGCACCCGUCGCCGGUUGAACCUCUAAUAGAAUCACCUUCAUUCUCUUCGCCAUUAUUGGAUGACUCCGACGAACAAUUUCAAAAGAUCGAACAUCCUGUUCGCAUUUAUUUACCAGCACGAAAUUCUCCAUCGACGCGGCAUGUUCGCAUUACUGACGCCACGUCAGUUGUAGAGAAUAAUAAUAAUAACAAUAAUAAUAAUAAUGCAACACCACCUAUGUCAAAAAUAGCGUCGCCGAUACUACAGCGACGAAAUUUUACAUCUGCAUUAAAAACAACUGCUCGAGAACGACGAGAAAGUUUUGCGGCACAGUCCAAAAGUUCUUAA